UCAUCCCAUCUCCUCCUCCUGCAAUCGAUUUCAAAUCGCCUCUUCUUGAGGGUGACUUCUUUCCCGAACAAAAGAGAUCCCUCCCGUCCGUCCGUCCAUCCAUCCUUCCUCUCUCUAGCGGUCUAGGGGCUAGGGCAGAUCACCGGAGCGAUGGGAUCCACUGCUCCACCUCCGCCGCCGCAGAUGGAGGGUAGGGUUGCGCCGCUCCCCGCCGGCGCCGAGGAGUACGUGCGCGACUCCAUCCACAGCUCCCUGGGCCUCCCCGUCUCCGACCGCUCCCUCCGCCUCAAGCUCCUCGCCUCCGAGGAACAGCGCCACCGCCUCCAGGACCACAUCUUCUCGCUCGAGGAGGACCUCCGCGCAGCCCAGCGCCGCAUCGACCUGCUCAAGGCCGAGGCCGCCAUGAACGCCGCCGGCCUCCGCCGCUGCGUCGAGGACAAGGAGGCCCUGGCCACCGCAUACGCCCAACUCAACGCCAAGUGCGCCAAGGAGUGCGACCUCUACGAGCGGGAUCUCGAGCGCGCCAUGGACUCCUGCGACGAACUCGCCCGGGAGAACAACGACCUGCGCGCACGCCUCCACCAAAACGCAAAUUCGGAGGCAUUGACGGCUAGAGUGCAAGAACUAGAGACUGAUAAGGAGACUCUGAAGACAAAUCUUGCUACAGCAGAGGCAGAGGUGGUCACGCUGAGUGAGGAUAACAGGGUUCUUGAUGAAGAGAACAAAAGGCUGCUUGGUUUGCUGGAGAAAGAGCGACAACGCCGGUCUGAAAGAAAGAAAUCGGCCAGCACAUCCACCAAGAAUAAGCGCAAGUCCUCUAGCUUGAGGGAUGGCUGCCCAGCUGGUCGGGCUCUUGACUUCAGUGGUGCGGAUUCAUCAAGGCAUCCACUGUCGCCGCUGCUCCACAACUCUCCAGACUACAGGGCGCACAAGAAAUGAAGCAACGCGAGUGUUGCAGCAUGCUGCUUGCUGAUGAUCUGGUCCCCCACUAACUUGGGAUUAAAUUUUCUUUGUUUCAUGUGUGGGUUAGAUGUACUAGUGUGUUCUAGGCCAGGACAAACUUGUGGUGCUUGGCUCCCAUUCCACUGGCUCGAUAGAGAUUGCUGUUCUGUUUGUGAUGGAGGAAAUGAAAGGACCAUAGUUGGUUAGUUGAUGCCUUGACGUACGAUAGCUGGGAAGCUUAUCUAUCUAGCCCUGCUCUGCUCCUCUGUGUUUCUUUUUUUCUUGUAAGAAAAAGAAAAUUCUGGUGGCUGGCAGUAUAUGUGGUAUUAUGUAUGGUAUAAUAAUCAUGAUACUUGACGGGCAAA